AGCUGGUCAGGUCAAGAACUGAGAAAUUAUAUCAGCAAUUGAACUAAAGAUCAGUUUAGGGAGGCCAAAUCAAGCACAAGGGCAGAUUUCAGACAAAGGCAGCAGGAUUAUGACAUCUGUUCUUAUAAGGAAUCUUAAAUGACCAAGUAGUUAAACCGAAGUCCUGACAUUUCAAAGGCUGGGCACAUCCUACAGUAUAGUGUUCUCUGUGACCAGUUUGGAAAUUUUGAUCCAUAGAAUAUAGAGCACCACCUACUAAGGUCUAUCAACACCAAAAACACUGGGUUUCCUUACAAGAUUCCCAUUCCAGUACUGUCCAGGCCCAGCCUUGCUUAGCUUGACCAGAUCAUGAUAGAAGUUCAUGACAUUGUUAUCAAAAUCGAACUUGCAUGCAAAUUUCCAUCUUAAGGUUUCUGGUAUUUCAAGACACUGAAGAUCAGUUUUAAUUAAUUUUUUAACCUAGUGAUCCAAUGCAAAUUAAGAUAAGAUCAGCUAAUGGGCCAAAUACAAUUUCUUGCAUUAGGAAUUUGUCUUUUCACAUACCCCAACUUGCUCUCGAUCAGACACACAGAAGGAGAGAGAAGGUUGGGGUCAGAGCGCAGGGUCAGACAUUUAUACGGCGCCCCUGGAGCAGCUGGGGUUAAGGGCCUUGCUCUGGGGCCCAACGGAGUACAAUUCCUCUGCUGGAUGAGCAGCAACUUUUCAGCCACAGACGCAGACCUGUAGCCACAGAGACACCGCACCGCCCCAAAAGCAUAAAAAUCCAUCUCGAGUUCAACUGAGUAGAAGCCAAAAGAGUUUGGAAAUAAAAAACACUAUAAAGUAACAAAUCAGUGUUUUGUGACUGCCGAGGGUAUUCAGUUGUUAACUAAAUAUUGGUUUCAGAUGGAACCAUCCACAGAUUUCUUACCUUCAAAAAAAGCAAACAAGAUGACAGGAAACAAGAGUUUAUUUUUAUUGCAACACAAACAUAGAUAACGCAAGAACUUUGAAUUCUAAAGGCCUGUAAUUUGUUACAUUAUUGGUUAUCAACCCACGUGUGCAGUGUCUUGCUUCUUCAGAAACUGUCCAGGGUUUCCUCAAAAGUAACCAUAAUGCUUUUUACCUGCUUGACUGGUAGUAAAUAAAAUCGAUGCUGUUGUGCAAUGCAUUUCUUACAAAAAUCAUGUAUCUGUUCACCGGUGAACAGAUGUAAAAUGUAAAAAUUAAAGAGUAUUAUUAUUUCAAUAAUCAUACUUUCAUACCUGAAUUUGUGUUUAAAUUGGGGAGACAUCUUAGCAUUGUCUUUUACUUGCACAGAUCCUACAAUUUUACAGCAGACUAGCUCAUCAAUUUCGUGUUGGCGAACGCUUCUGUGGUUUGUGUUAUUUCUGCUGCAUUGCCACUUUUUAAAUAGUAUUUCAUGGUGCAGAAGAAGGGCAAUAUAAAAAUAUUCUCGCAAGGGAUAGGCUCAAAUAAAGUCAGAUGUCUCUGACUUAGUUGCUACAAUCAAAUAACUUGUUGACAACCACGAAGAGAGUGAGAGAGACUGACUACCACACAGCAAACAGGAACCAAAGAGCUGCGCUCCAGUAUCUCUGGAGAUCUGCCUCUGCUCCACAGUAGAUGUUAGGGACCAGGAUGACGACGGUGGAUGACUACAGCACCUCCACGCAGGAUUAUGACUACAACACUUCCAACUAUUCAGAAAUCCCGGAGCUCUGUGACAUUGGCAGCACCCACAGCUUCAUCAAGAUCUUCCAGUCCUGCAUCUUCGCCCUCAUCUUCUUCAUCGGGAUUCUGGGCAACUCCUUGGUCCUCACCACGUACAUCCUCUACCGCCGCCUCAAGCUCAGGUCCAUGACCGACGUGUUCCUGCUCAACCUGGCCAUGGCCGACUUGUUCCUGUUGCUCACCAUCCCCUUCAAGGCCACCUACAUGGUGCUGGGCUCCUGGGUCUUUGGCAUGCCCCUGUGCAAGAUCACCUGCAGCCUCUACGCCAUCAACUUCUACAGCGGCUUCCUGUUCCUGGCCUGCAUCAGCAUUGACCGCUACGUGGUCAUCGUCAUGGCCACCAUGGCCCACAAGCUGCGGAAUAAGACCGUCGUCUACAGCAAGCGGUGCACCGUCCUGGUCUGGGUGGCUUCCAUACUCCUGAGUCUUCCAGAAAUCAUCUUCACCACCGUUGAAGCCAGGGACGGAGAUCUGCUCUGUGAGACCCUCCUGACAGAGGAGAGCCCGUCCAUCAAAGCGUGGACCCGGCUGGCCCAGAUCACGGUGGGCUUCUGCGUGCCCUUCUUCGUCAUGCUCUUCUGCUACUCCGUCAUCAUCCGCACCCUGCUCAAGGGCCGCAGGUUGGAGAAGCACAAGGCCCUGCGCGUCAUUCUGGCCCUGGUGCUGGUUUUUGUCGUCUUCCAGCUGCCCUACAGCGUGGUGCUGUUCCUCAAGACGGCCGGUUUGCUGGGAACCAGCUGCUCCGACUGGCACAACACCCUGGUGGCGGAGUACGUGACCGGCAGCCUGGCGUUCAUCCGCUGCUGCCUCAACCCCCUGCUGUACGCCUUCGUGGGCGUCCGCUUCCGGAACGACGUGCUGCUGCUCCUGCGGGACCUGCGCUGUAUCAGCCGGGCCCGGUACUCCUGCUACGUCACGGCCCGCGCCGGCAGCUCCAAGCGCCUGUCGUUCGCCUCCGGCUCGGCCGCCAACACCGACACCUCUUCCAUGUUCUGAGACACAAGGCAGACGAACCCCCAAACCCCCCACCCACCCCACAGACCGACGGCCGAGAAUAGACUCCUUCUUUGGAGAAAUGUUGCUUUUGGGAGAAAUGUUACUGAACAUUAAACCCGAGUUGUUUUUGAGUUCGUCUUUCGCCUUCAUUAUGACAACCAUUGCCGACACUUCUUCCGUGUUCUAAGACAGAAAGCAGACAAAAACCCAACCCCAACCACCAGACAGUCUGCAGAGAACUCAUUCUUCAGAAAAAAAUAAAAAAACCUAGUUGUUUUUGUACAUAUACAUUCCCUGAGUCCCUGUCUUCCAUUUCAGUCUUUUUCAGCAUGAUCAAACCAACAAUGUCUUGGUGGCAAACAGUCUUUCUGGAGUAAAACAAAUGCUUUCACCAUUGUCAUAAGGAUUCUGAUGCUGACGCUGAUCACACUGGUAGUGUCGCACUGCCAGUUUCAUUUACGGUUCAAAAGACAUUGUUUAGCUCAUUUUCGGCAUGUUUGCAGAAAAACUAAAUCUGUUGUGCUGUAAAUAUUUUCUCAAGGAUAAUUGUGGCGUAACACUGCAAUGCCAUUAGAAUUUUGUACAUUUUAUAGGUAUUCAUAUUUUAUUUGUUCUUGUUUGAAUUAGUUAUGUAAAAAAAAUCUACAUUAGAAAGGCGGAAAGGUUCAUGUGCUUAGUUCCACAAGUUUGAAAAUGAAAAACUCAUGUAUAAUUGAAGUGUAAAUAAAACAAAACAUUAGGUCUGUUUUUGUGUUGCUAAAAAUGUACUGUAUUCUUUAUUGUCUAAGAAUAGAUUGCAGUAAAUGACAACAGUUUUAAAAGGAACCUCUGGGUAAAGUCCAUUAUAAUAGCUAUCCUUCAGAUACAAUUCCAGUCAAUUCCACACAAAAACAAUGUGAUUGAUACCUAGUAUUUGAAAAGCCAGCUGGCUUUAUAUUUAAGAAAUACAGAGCAGAUUUCUUCUGUCUUCAUUUUAUGUUAUGUAACAGGCAUGCAAAACAUCCUGUGCUGCAUGCUUUAAGAUAACCUUAAAGAUAACCUCUUUAAGAAAACCUAAGAGCUUUCCUGUCCUGGUCCUGGUGUCUCCAUCUUCCCACAAUAACGUUUGAUUUUCGGACGCUGGUUUUCAAUCGAAUGGAUAAGUUUUAGGCUGUUGACCCCUUAAUUGAGAAUUCCAUUGACUAGAGGUAUUAUUUGGUUUCAGCACUUAAACAGCAAUGGGUCUUAAAUUUAACUGCUAUGUUUUAAGUAACUUAAAAUGUGCCACCUUUUCGUGCCCCAAAAUUAUGCAGAACAUUUAAAUGAUUAAAUUAAGAGCAAAAUUAUGUAGCAGAGAGCAAUGCUGGCUUUUGAAGCCAUUUCUGGACUGUGUGGAGAAGCUGAACUGGUUA